AUGGCGUCUCUGCGAACUCAAUUGAAGGUCUCAGGGUCAGGUUAUUUGUUGACGGCUACAGGUCUGGAACUCUCCUAUGACGAGGCGCGAUAUGGGCUUUGGAAGGUAAGACACUUGGCUAUCUCAGAUGGCUGGAUUGAUUCGAGGAGUGUGAAGGUUGAUGAUCUCGAUGGAAGUUUGGGAAUGGGAGAUUUGGUUGAUGAUGGCCGGGUGGAUAACUUGGGUCAUGGGGAGGGGUUUUCCAGUCGCCGGCUUACUUGUGGUCUGCUAACUGAAUCUGGAACUUUCGUGACAAGUUGGGCAGAUUUGGCCGAGCACGAUGAUGGCCGACAAGAAUGGGUGCCUGAGGUAGCUGCAGAACCACCGUCCGAAUCCAUCAUCGUCCUUCCAUGGCCAAGAACCCCAAAACGGAGUACGCGGAAAGCUGCUUCCGAAACCAGGAACUUGUUCUUUGCCAAGAACGCAAGUUCUUCGCGGUUUAGCACCGACGACGGAGAAGCCGAAAUUGACGCCAAAAGCAACGCGUUUUCUAGCUUCGAUUCUCUCGACUCAUCUCGCCAGGGAAUCACCGUUUCCCUCAGGAAACCGCUGCGGAGGCCUCGCUGGAGAACCGGAAACAUCAGCCGGAAAGGGGGCAGUUCGGCUGAGGGCCGAAGCGGGAAAGUUGACUUAGAGAGCUAUGCGGUGGUGAAAAAUUCGCCCGAUCCGUACAGCGACUUCAGAGAAUCAAUGGUGGAGAUGAUAGUGGAGAAAGAGAUGUAUGGAGCCGAAGAUCUUGAGAGGCUUUUACAGUGUUUUUUUAUCUCUGAACUCUUCUCACCAAUCACAAUAAAGAGGAAAAAUUUAUGAAUAUUUACCUGUUUGGGCGAUUUUUGCAAAGAGAGGGAAGAGGCAAUUUCUGUAGGA